GGCCCCACCCCUACCAUUUCCUCUCCUUUGGCUCUAUAUCAUCUGAUCAUCACCUCAUUAUAUACUGCCCUCUGCAAAUACUCUACUUGCAAGAACUUGUGCGAACCGCAUGCUGUUAUGGGAGAAUCUUCUGCAUCAUACAUACACAUGGUACAAUAUCUUAUUGAAAAGUGUUUGAUCUUCCACAUGACAAAAGAAGAGUGCAUGGAAGCCCUUUCCAAGCAUGCAAACAUCCAACCAGUUAUUACUUCCACUGUUUGGAAGGAGUUAGUGAAAGAAAACGAAGGGUUCUUCCAAGCAUAUAAUGAAUCUCAAAGCAAGAGAGAUAAGAUGUCGGAGGCUGAGACGAGUGCCAUGAUCCAGAAGAUGAUAACAGAUCAUGAUUCUUCCACCAUGAAACCCCAAGAUUCAUCCUCUCAGUAACUGAUCAUCUGGAAAUGAUCGAAUCAGAUUGAGCAUACAAAGUCACAUAUGCACAAACAAAUAUAAAAUCACAUUCCCUUAAAUACGCUGAAAGGCAUACUCAGAGGGGAACAAAUCGAGUAGGAUCCGAUGCAGUACGACACGUGGGAUUCUUAUGUCUGGUGAAUUUGGCUGUAAAAUAUAUACUCAUAAGUCUCAUAUACUAAGGCAGUAGAGAAUAUAUAUUGGAUGUGACUGAGCAGAAUGUGGUUAUUUGUGUGUGUCUUAUGCUGUUAUUAUUGAAUAAAGCAUAAUAAGUGGGGGAUACUUCCUGUGUCACCAUCAUUGUCUUUA